AGUCAUCAUUGGAGCAGUCUGAAUCUUUAUUGGAAUCGUUGCUGGAGUCAUCAUUGGAGCAGUCUUUUAGUAGAUUCUUUAAGUCUUUCAGUGGUUCUUCAUUAUUUUUUGGUGAUAGAAUCUUUUUUGGAGUCAUUGCUGGAGUCGUUGCUAAAGUUGUCAUUAAAGAAGUCUUUUAA